AUGUCGGAUUCUGAACUCUCGAAUGCAGGCGAUUACGCCGCUCUGGCGAACUUACAGCACGUCGCGUGUGGCCUGUACAUAUGGGAGUGGGUGUCGAACUUGGAUUACGAGUUCCAGUACUUCUUUGGAAAGCCCACCAGGAGACGAUGGACGAUGUGGGUAUAUGUACUCUGCCGAUACUUCACGCUGGGAUUCAUCAUCAAUCUCCUGAUCGUGCUCAACACACGAUUGUCCUUGAACUGCAUCGCUUGGAUCAGAUUCCAGCUGCUCUUGCCGUACAUGGGUAUACUCAUGGCGUCGUUCCUCAUCGUCAUUCGCGCUGUCGCGAUCUGGAACCGUCACCGAGUAGUGAUGGUGAUAGCGGUAACAAGCCUUCUCGCACAACUCUCUAUAUUGAUCCACAGUGUUGCGAUUGCAAAAGCGAUCUGGGACGUUGAGACGCAGACUUGCGUCCUGAUAAACAAUAUACCGACCAGCCUACCUAUGCUCUCCGCUGUAUUUGCCAUCGAUGCCUUCCAACUACUGGUAACACUUGUUGGCCUAUACGUCAGGAGAGAAGGGCGGGGAUUCGGGAUGUGGGAUCUCCUGUGGAAACAGGGUUUGGCUUGGCUCGCGCUCGCGGCGGCGGCAGAGUUGCCUACUGUUAUCAUCCUGACCCUCAAUCUGAAUGAGGCAUUACAUCAGCUCUUACAAACCCCUGAAGUGAUUAUCUUAGCGCUAGCAGCAACCAGCAUGUAUCGCAUGCUCACCUGCUACUCUUCCGCCUCCUGCAGCGAUUCGCCAUCUCAAGAUUCGCGCACCAUCGAGCUAGGAGCAUUUAGAGCUGCGGACGUUCGGGCAUCCCGAACGAACUGCCUGGGGAAUGCGGAACAUAUCCGGACAGUAGAGAUUGAGAUUCAGGUUGACCGGGAGGCUAGGCUUGCUUAA